CAGGCUCUGGAAAGGAUGUCGUUGUGCAGCGGGAAGUUUGCAUUGAUUGGUUUCGGUGUCUGUGAGAUGAGCUGUUCUGCAUUAACCACCGGUGCAUUGAUCACCAGUUAUGCACCUACGACAAGGCCUUUGGGCGUUAAGCCAUCUGUAGGGAAAAUCCCAGGCCUCGUUCCAUCACGGAACGCAACUGACCCUCUGAACAAUCAAAUUUUGAUUUUAGCUAAACAAUGGAAGAUUGCUUUGAUGGACAAUGAUGAACCUGUUGAUCUGCCUUUUGAAGUUGGUCAAAUGACAGAGUCAAGAUCAUUUAUGAAGGGAUUUCGUGGUGCAUGGUUCCAAUGCAAGAUAAAGGAGAUUGGUUUAAGAAAAGGUCAGAUGGGGCAUCAAUUAGAGUAUGUUGACUUUCCUGAUGAAAGAAUAAAAUGGACACAGUUAUAUCAAAAGCCUAAUAAGUCAAAGGAACUAAAAAAGCAAUUGAUGGUUCGUCCUCAGUUUCCUCGCAUCUAUCGUGAAAGUCAAAUGCCUGAUGUCAGUACCAUCUUGGAAGUGGCAGUCAUUGUUGUUGACUCGUGGCAAGUUGGGCAUUUGGUGGAUUGGUGGACCGAUGGUUGCCAUUGGUCUGGAAGAGUAGUUGAACUAUUGGGAGACGAUAAAGUAAAGGUCGAGUUGUUUCCUCCUCCUAUGGGUGAAGGACUAUCAUAUGAAGCCUCAUGCAAGGACCUACGCCCUUCGUUAGAUUGGACACCAGAAUGUGGCUGGACAGUGCCUAUUCCUUUGUGGUUGCAGGAAAAUGGAAAUGUUCAUUCUUGUGCUCGGAUUAUUAAGCCCUUCAAUCAAGUUACAGAGGUUCCUGGAAAUUUGAUGGCCCGUAACGAUGACAAAGGAAGAAAGGAGGUUCAGGCUGCAGCAAGAGCAUCACUCGAGGGUAAUACUUCUUCUUCUUCACAUAUUUCUGAAAGCUUAUCACAACCUCCAGAUGGAUUUGAACGAAUGGCAAAGCGACCUUGGAGCAUAUCAAAGGAUACACGUACAUCAGAAACAAAUUUCGAGUUAGAUAUGGUAGAUACUGGCAUUGGAAAGACCAGUGGCUCUGAUAGUGUUUCAAGUUCACAUGUUAGAGACGCACCAACUGAUACGGUGGGAACUGCAGCUGGGAAGGGUAAAAACAAUGACGCUGGAUCUUCAAAGAAGAUGAAACACGGAAGCAUUUCUUUAAAUCCCAUGUGUUCUGACACAGUAGAAGCUGCAGUUAUGGACCUGGAGGAACUUUUGAACAAAAUCAAAUGGGCUAGAGCUAUUUUGGAGUUUGGAAAACCACUCUCAGGUACCACGCAGAAUCCUUGGAAAUUUCUGGAACACAGGGCAUCAUCAUCUACACCAAAAUGAGCGUUAAAUUUUAUUAAAAGUGAAUGUUUACAUCAUGAAACUACCUUUAGCCUUUAUCAGUGGAAGUUUGAUGUUCACUUUUUUGUGACCUUGGUUAGGUGCGUAGAAUCUACUUGAUGAUUAAGCCUGUAAUUGCUGUUAAUCUUUAAAAACUUUAAAUUAGGUAAAUGCCAGACAAGUAGGUUUGUAAAUAUUUUCUUGUUUUGCAAUGAUAAAGUUUUAUUGCUUAAAUCAAGACUGAGUUGGGAUUUACACUUUUA